GUCACGUGUAGUCUUGUUUUCAAAUUACUUUGUGUGAUCGAGACUAUAUGAGAUGCUUUUGAUCUUGUUGUCAAAAUGAGUUUAAAAUGUGUUUGUUUUCUUCGAAUGAUUUCAAAAUAUGCGAGAUUACAUGGAGGAUCAUUACCUAGCAACCCACAUGCAAUUGUGCGUCAGAUAGCAUCAUCUCCAAAUGUCUGGAAGUCUGAGGCAUCAAAGAAGGAUAAAUCAGCAACUCCAAGCACGGAUGAGCUUGAUCCUGAGAUGAAGGCUGCUGUCAAGUCUGUGGCAGAGAACCUGAAAGGAGAAUCUGCACAGGCUGAGUCAGACAUUUUGCAGCAGCUGAGAUCACAUGCUAAAAAUACACUGAGCCAAAAGGAUGGGUCCGAAUCGCCCAAUCUAGAAGCCACAUCCAGCAAUUCGAUGAGCGACUUACUGUCCCAGAUGCGUAUCACGAAACAAGAAUCAGAAAGUACCAGACAGUCAGAAAAGAAAUUUACAAAAGGUCCAGUACUGAGAAAGAUUCCCAAAGACUAUACCAACAUAAGUGACUCCUACAAACUGUUCGAUGGACCUGGUCUUGGCAUAUUUACAGAUCUAAAAACUCAAAAAUCAGAAAAACGAAUGGUUGCCACAGACACGAGUGAAAGUUUGUUUGAUGAGAUCACCAAAGAGGAGUUUGAGAAAUAUAUAGAAGCACCACCGCGGAAUGCUUUUGAAGAAAUGAUACAGUGGACCAAAGAAGGAAAACUCUGGACAUUUCCUAUUAAUAAUGAAGCUGGCAUGCAUGAAGAAAGGAAAGUCGAAUUUCAUGAACACAUUUUUCUAGAUCAUCUGAUUUCUGAUUUCCCCAAAAAGGGUCCCAUAAGACAUUUUAUGGAGCUGGUUACAGUGGGUCUGUCAAAAAACCCUUACCUGACCGUGCAGCAGAAGAGAGAACACAUUGAGUGGUUCCGAGACUACUUCAAGGAGAAGCAGGCAAUACUAGAGGAAACGCUCGGUUCAGAAGGUGUCAUCGGUGAAAGCAAAAAAAUGGCUGAACAGUGACCUUCUGGUUCUCAGUGGUGUGCUGCAGGACAGAUUACACUGUGUUGUAAUUAAUGUUGGUUCAAGUAAGCUUGUCAUGAGCACAGUAUUCAGUGUACGUGGCAUUAUGAGACAAGAGAUUUUGUGUGUGUAACAAUUAACAUCUGUGUUAAUAAGAUCAAUACUAAUUUUUGUUAUGUG